GGCCGCUAGGUGCCCUGUUCACACACACACCUCGCUGCGCGGGGACUCUGCACCUCUCAGGAUUUUCUCCAGACUCCUUAUGGAUUAUUACUAGAAACAUGCGCCUUCCUCCAGAGACACUGCGGCGAGGACCAGCAAAACCCAUCAUCUAACCAUCAUCGGAGAUUUAGAGCACCAGGAACAAGAUGCAUUUUCAGUGGAUGUUUAUUUUCUUUGUGGUGUUUUGUUGGAUUACGCCAACUGAAGAGACAAAGGGACCAUGGGGAAUAUCAUCUCUUUUGUCCAGCUUGAUUCAUGGGGACCAUGAAAUUGAAUCUGAAACAGUCAUGGAAAGAAGUCUGUCGAGAAGGAAGCGUGCGACCGGCGUCACGGAGUAUACGGUGGAAAUCGAGAUCAGCUUUCCUGACCCGUCAUUCGCCAACCAGAUAAAACAGUUCAUCGCCAACAACCUGACCUUUCCGAUCCCGCUUGGCGUCAAUGAUACGGAAAUCAUUAGCAUCAACGUCACACAAGCCUGUAACCAGACCGGCAGCAGCGUGCAGUGUUCCUGUGAGAGCGGCUACACGUGGCCCAGCACCGUGUGCAGCCCUUCCAAUACGUGUCCAGGAUCCAUUGCAAGCCGAUGCAACUGCAUCACAGGCUCAAGUAUUCCAACUGAGUACUGUUAUCCCGAAACAGUGUCUAUAAAGCUGUUAUUAAGAAUUUUAAGGGAUUACCCUGCAGACCUUGGGGACCAAACAUCAGCCACGUACCAAAACUAUAAAGGAGAACUGGAGGCGCAGUUUGCAAAAGCUUAUAAGCCCCUGACUGGAUUCAUUUCAGCAACAGUUACUGGCUUCAGGUCUGGGAGUAUAGUCGUGGAUUACACCGUUGUCACCGAGCCAGUGUCUCCUUCUGCUUUGACAACCGCCAACCAGAACCUAGUGGAUAACUUAAAAGCAGCAAAUUACAGCGUGGACUCUAUAAAAACUGUAAUAAAUGACCAAAGUUUCAUCACUGUUAGUCCAAGGAAUAUUUUCAACAAAGACAGGGUGGAGCUGAACUGCACUGUGAACAUCUCCUCGUAUACGAGCGUUGCCUGGUAUUUGAAUGGCACAAUACAGAGUACUUCAAAUUCGAAAACAACCGGAUCGGGCCCCGUACAGUCCAUCUUCACCAUCAGUCGUGCGUCAGUAAACAAUAGCGGCACGUACCUCUGCACAGUAGACAACGACUUGACCUCUUACCAGACGGAGAAGACAAUAGUGGUUCAGCCCUUGACCAUGACCAUCUUAGAAUCCAAUGUUAGCUGCAACAAGGUGGAUUUUCCUAUAAUUAAGUGCUGCACGGAAGGCUUGAGCAUGGACUUUUACUUGACAUGCAACGCUAAGGCCGGGAUACCAGGGAUUGUAAGCAACUACACUCCAUGCCAAAAGUACAUCGUCUCUGCAGAUGAAAAGACUUGCGCCACGUUCAGUAGUGGCAGCUAUGACUGCACGUGUUCCACAAUAAAUGGCGCGAAUGAAACACGCAACGUCAAGGUGUUAUAUCAGGCCUCAUAUGCAGUGACUGUGAAUUCAAAUUCGGAUGCUAUUUCGGAGGGAAGAGCUCUGAUUGUGAAGUGUUACUGUAACGCCACCUCAGUGAACAGUAUCAGCUGGUUCUUUCAAAAUAGCAACAUUAAUUCCCAAUACAGUACCAGUAACCUAACCUCGUGCAACUCUACACUGACUAUACCAAGUACUACACUGACAGUGGCCUGGAAGGGCACUUACCUCUGCUCAGUGGACACAGGCACCAAUGGGAUUGUGUCAGGAAGCAAGCAAAUCACCGUUCAUAAACUGGUCAAACGAGAGCAGAUCAAUAGAAGCCCAGUGUCGUCCAAUUUCCAGUGUAAAGGAAAUAUAAUUUUUUCAUGCUGCAUAAGUGACACAACAGGAUACAAAAAAGCGGAAUUGCAAAUCGUUACAAAAUCGGGAACCAUACUGUCCUCGCAAGAUAUGCCUAGUACAAACCCGUGCUUUAGGACGACGUAUACGCCUUCUAAAGAUACUGAGUGUGUGAAUUUCACAGCUCAGUGCGUCAUUACUAAUGAGAUCGGUGACACUGUGACCAGCCCUUCUAUGAACCUGACAUUAGUGAAAAAUGCAAUUUGCACCACACCUUACAUCGGAGAAAAAGGUUCUGUUAUUGUGGUUUCCUGUCGGGACGAGAAUCCGAUGUUAACGGGAACAAAAACACUCAUCUGUCUUAACUCUGCGGUGUGGGAAAUUCAGUCCUCGGACUGUGUGUCUGCAGCUCUUGACGACAUUAAAAAUCAACUGGACAUCUUGACAAGUCCUGGAUCUGAAGAACAAAUUUCUGCUGUCCUUAAAAAUCUAAAAUCCACAGUAACUGACCAAAAAGAUAACAUAUCGACAUCGACUAAUAAUAUACAACUUGUGGUCGCUUUAUUACAAAAGGUGAAUGAAGGUGUUAACAAGGUGGAGCCGACUGUGAUGCAGGAUUUUCUUCAGACCGUCGACAUCAUCGUGGGAAAUCCGACAACCUGGAAUCAGUUUUCAGAUAGUAACAGGAUUGCAGAGAGCUCCAGUAUUCUCCUGUCUGUAGAGCAAUUUGCAGGAAAGCUUUCGAUCAACGGAUCAAUAAAAAUUACAAAUAACAGCAAUAUUCAGUUAUUCGGCAACAUUAUAAGUAAAUUGUCGACCAAUUACUUGGCAGAUUUCAACUCUGGCCUAACAGACAACUUAACGGGAAAUGUUCAGAUUAAUAGAACAACCCUAGACAGUCUCCCACAAAAUGCCACCAUCAUAAGCGUUGCGUAUGCCACAUUGAAAGACAUUUUAAAAACAAAUGGUAGUAACUCCUCUACGCAGGGGGAAAUCAAUGGACUCGUCAUGACUACGACGGUGACAGCAAACUUCACCAGCUUCAAGAUUGGGAUGGAUUUCAAAAAGAGUAACGAGACAUUGAAUAAAGCAACAUGUGUUUUCUGGAAUUUUACCAUCCAGAACUGGGACAGUAGCGGCUGCCGUCCUCAGAACAAUAGUGACAGCACCAUGGUGACAUGCGUCUGUGAUCACCUGACUUCAUUUUCCAUUCUUAUGUCCUACAUUGAACCAGCGAAAGAAAAAAUAUUGACGUAUAUUUCCUAUUUUGGGUUGGGCAUCUCCAUCUUAAGUCUGGUCAUCUGCAUCAUACUCGAGGCUACGAUCUGGAAAUCUGUAACCAAGAAUAAGACUUCCUAUAUGCGUCACAUUUGCAUCAUGAACAUUGCUGUGACGCUCCUGAUGGCCGACAUCUGGUUUAUCAUUGGUGGCGUCAUGUCUGAAAGUGGAAAGGGAGAUGUUUGUGUGGCAGCCACUUUUUUCACACAUGUCUUUUACCUGUGCACUUUUUUCUGGAUGCUAACUAUGGGGCUGAUCCUUUUCUAUCGUCUUAUGUGUGUGUUCCAUGACUUAAGCAAGACGGUCAUGAUGGGUAUCUCAUUCUUCUUAGGUUACGGAUGUCCUAUCAUUAUUUCGGUGAUAACAGUAGCGGUCACCCAGCCCAGCAAAAAAUACACCAGAGAAAACGCAUGCUGGCUCAAAGUGGAAGAUAGCAACACAUUUCUUGCUUUUAUUAUACCGGCACUCACCAUUUUACUUGUGAAUUUCAUUACACUGUUUGUGGUGAUCAUAAAAGUCCUCAGACCUUCUGUAGGUGACAGGCCAAAAAAAGAGGAGAAGAGCAGUUUAAAUCAUAUCACAAAAUGUAUAUUGAUCCUAACUCCACUUCUCGGACUCACUUGGGGCUUUGGAAUAGGAACACUGUUCAGCAACACUGUGGCGAUCCAUGGGAUCUUCUCAGCACUGAAUGCCCUCCAGGGAUUAUUUAUCCUGCUGUUUGGAUGUUUAAUGGACAAAAAGGUACGAGACGCAUUGUUGAGCAGAUUCUCAGUCUCCAGAUGGUCUUCACAGCAGACAAAGACAUCCAAUCUCAGUACUUCAGAUCCUGUGUUUUCAAAAGGAUUUAUCAAUUUAUUUGCUAGAAAAGGUGUGUACAACAUUUCUUCAGCUCAAGCCAGCUCAUCCAGCGAGAUGUCAAACUCCUACUCCCUGCUCAACUGAUUUCAGCGCACUGCAGAACGUGCUUGUGUUGCUGUUCCGCUAUUGUCCUGUUUGUUCAGUCUACUGUAUGCACUUUAUACCGUAUCAGCCUGUCACCCUUGGUGCAUUGUAUUCAGGACCACUCUGUCGGCCUGAGCAUCUUUAAUAUGUUUUCCAUGCAGCACUCCACACAUUUACUGUAAUGGAGAAUUUGUGAGGCUACCUCACCUCGGCAUUCACUUCUGCUUGUAGAUGCCCAGCUUAUUCUAGUGUGGAGAAAGACAUUAUAUAGGCUUGGAAAGUUAUGUUAUAUAUCACUGUUAACGUAGCCUGUCAGUUCACAUGGACCCAGUGACAUUAUGUGGACAUCAGCUUAUAAAUAUGCAAUGGACUGAUUAGAUCACUGUAAAUGAGGGGGUUCGGUUCACCAGGACACAGUGACAUCAUUGGGAAUACAGUUCUCGUUAUUCACAUGGAUAUAGUGACAUCCUUAAGACGGUCUCCUAUCAAAGCGUGGGGCUCGGUGACAUCACUGGGAAUACAACCCCACUAUAAUUCACAAGGGCAUUGUGACAUCACUCGGAAGGCAACCCAUCAACGCAUAAAGCCAUGGAGACUUUAUUGGGAAUGCCACCCCCAUAAUUGGCAAGCUGAUAGUGACAUCACUGAGGAGGCACAAGGACACUGUGACAUCAUUGCAAAGUAGCCACAAUGAACUCAAGAAGACAACAUUGUUAGUGCAUCAGAUCAGACGUAAGAAAUCACUGGGACUGCAAAGAGAUACAACGGUAUACAAAAGCAUAGCCAAGAAUUUAUAGGGAACUGAUGAUAUCAUAGGGAUACAGUAUAUCAAUUCAUUUGGAACCAACGACAUCACUGGAAUACAGUUAAUGAAUUCCCAAGCAAUAAAUGACAUCACCGAGAGUUCAGCCAGCUAUCACGCCAGGAGACUGUAAAGUGACUGGAAAUAUAGCCAGUUAAUAGAGAAGACUCCAGUGACAUCACUGGGAAUGUAGCAAAUAAUGUAGUUGGAAUCUAUGAUGUCAAUUUCCAUGGAACCAGUGACAUCACUGGGAGUUUAGACAAAGAUCACAGCGGGAGCCUGUUACAUCAUUAUAAAUAUAGUGAACUGCUUUUCAAGGAAUCUCUGACAUCACAAGAAUGCGGCAUGAUAGGAAACCAGUGACAUCACUGGUGGUUUAAUCAACGUCCCAUGGUUGAUCUUACAGCAAAUUAAUAGACAGAGUCCACCCACAUUUUAGACCACUCAAUUUUAGUGCUUGGUUUUGUAUUACAAAUUAUAGGGUCAUUGAAAUCACUGAAGCACCUCCAGGAGGUGUCACCAUAUAAAGAUAGUAAAGAAGUAAUUAAAGGCCAUUUCCACAAAAAUGCUAAUUUUUUUAAUUUUUUUAGGGAUGGGGGGCGGUAGGUUUUAAGGGCAAUGAGACAGGUGAACUUUAAAUAAGGACAUCUACCAUACCAUAUUGAAAAGUUAUAUCAUAUUGACCUGACCUCUGGGGGCCCCCAUCCUGAGAAGGAAGGAGCCAGAGGCCUGGUGUCCCCUUUACAAUUUUGCCAUGCACAAGUGAAUGGGGUUAUCUCAGGACCCUGCACAGCCAUGUGGCCAGGAGCUCUAGAACGGGAUGCAGCUCUAAACCAACCAAUGCCAUGACCUGUACAUUCUCAGAAAUGGUGGAGGCCCAUGAGGACAAAGCCGCACUGAUCAUAAAGUAAUAGCAUAUCCUAGUGAUAUACCAUCACAGUACAAGAUAGGAAUGCCCCAUUAAAUGCUGAGAGUCACCUCGGGGGCCGGAUUAUAGAAUGGAAAAUGGGCUAAAUGUCUUACUGUCGCCUUCAUUUAGGGCAUACUUCCUAAUCCUACUUCAUAGAGUCUACUAAAUUUAUUUCCUGGAAAAUAACCCUAAAUUUUGAUGAACAUGAUGGUUGCGCUAUUACUUACCCUUUAUUUGGGUACUGUGAGGCCAUAUUAUGUGAGUGCUGAAUCAUAAUGUACAGAUGCCUAGAGCCCUGCGUGAAGCUUGAUAUGUCCCUGGUCAUCUCAGCCACCUCUCCAAAGCUUGAUAUGGUCCUGGUCAUCACCACCACCUCACCUAAUGGUGAAGUGGGCACACAGCAUUACGUGUUGAACUCUUUAGGAGCCACACAUAAAUGAACCCAUUUAAAGGGCACCCGUCCUGGAUCAUGAUCUGGCAGCUUUUACAUACCUUGUAAAGUAGACCACCAUAUAGAUCUCUCCGCUGUGUGGUAUGACAUUACGCCAGCUGUAUUAUAAGCCUUGUAUAACACAGUACACUAUAUGUAUGUAUGUAUGCACAGUUUUUUAUUGUCACCUUUAACUUAUUUAUUUCAUGUCUAUUGAAUGCAAUGCAUAUUGACAUUGGGAUGGUAAUCUGCAACCAGCUGUUCAUAACUACAACUCCCAGAAUGGCCAGGGGCAAAUACAGGGUUUCAUGGGGGCUUUCAAUGACACAUUUGUACAUGGAGUGGUUUAGGGUUAUUCCUGUCAUACUCCUGGCUGUCUGAUGAAGGGCUGAAUAUUGAUAUACCGUACAUUAUUCA